AUGAAGUGCAUAUUCUGGAACAUCAGGGGAAUUGCAAAUGGUUCCUUGAGGCUGGCUUUGAAAAGACUUAUCCAGAAGAAUUCUCCGGACUUGGUUUUCAUUGCCGAGCCUUGGAUGGACUUUAGCAACUUCCCUUCCAGGUGGAUGUCCAGGUUUGAUCUAAAACCUUUUGCUUUCAAUCAAAGAGGGAGUGACCUUCCUAACCUUUGGUGCUUUUGUAAAACUCAUUUAAAUCCUGUUAUUGUUUCUAUUGAUAAUCAACAAAUCUCUUUUACCAUUAAUCUUAACAACACUGUUUUAGGUUUUUCUGUCAUAUAUGCUUCCACUUGUUACAUUACUAGAAGAUAUCUUUGGACUAGUUUGAAUAAUAUUAUAGCUAACAACGUGAAUCCCUGGACUUUUAUUGGGGAUUUUAACGCUAUAAUUGGAGCUGAUGAAUACAAAGGCUCUCACAAUCCUGCCAGAAUUCCCAUGCAAGAUUUUUUUCACUGGUCUGACUCUAAUAAGUUAAUACAUCUUCCCACUGUGGGAAAUUUCUUUACUUGGAGUAAUGGCAGGAGGGGUAGACAAUUAACUGAAAAAAGGUUAGAUCGUGUCAUUUGUAAUCUUGAUAUGUUAGAUCUCUGUAAUACAGUGGUUUGUCAUACUCUUUCCAAGCUGAAAUCUGAUCACUUUCCUCUGUUAUUCACUUGGGACAUAGCUAAGGUAAACAUCCAAUCUCAAUUUAAGUUUCUUAAAAUGUGGACGCUGCAUGAUGAUUGUGAAAAAAUCGUUAAAGAUACUUGGGAUUUCAAAUUCUAUGGGUGCCCCAUGUAUGUUCUAGAUUGCAAGCUUAAAUUGCUAAAAUCUAAAUUGAAGGAGUGGAAUAAGCACAUUUUUGGAGAUGUGAAGCUGAAAGUGGAAGAGGCGGAUAAGGCUCUUAAGGAGAUACAGCAGCAAAUUAGUAUUGGCGGUUAUAAUGACAGUCUUCAAUUGCAAGAGGCUAAGGCUCAAAAUGAGCUUGAGAGAGCUUUGAUCAUCGAAGAGGAAUAUUGGAGGGAGAAAGCUCAUAUUAAAUGGCAUGUUGAAGGAGAUAGAAAUACAAAAUUUUUUCAUACUUAUGCUAAAAUCAGAAGGAAGCAAAACUUGAUUUCCUCUCUUAAAAUCAAUGAUGUGGUUACCAUUGAUAAUCAUGUUAUAGAGUCACAUCUUAUUGAACAUUUCACUAACAUUUUCAAUCAAGGAAUUGUUAUGCAGGAUACAGGGCUUAUUGAGAGGGUCAUUCCUAGCUUGGUUAAUGAAAGCACUAAUGCUAUGUUGACUGCUAUUCCUAGUGCAGAGGAAAUCACCCAUGCUGUGAAGAAUUUAAAAUCUGACUCUGCCCCUGGCCCAGAUGGUUUUGGUGCUAUUUUUUUUCAAAAGUUUUGGGAAAUUAUAAAGCAUGAUGUCAUCUCUGCUGUGCUGCAGUUUUUCCUGCAAAAUUGGAUGCUUCCUAAUUACAACUCUAACACUUUAGUGCUCAUUCCUAAAAACAAUGAACCUAAUUCCAUUAAUCAUUACAGGCCAAUUGCUCUUGCCAAUUUUAAAUCCAAAAUUAUUUCCAAAAUCAUUGCUGACAGAUUAGCUGCUAUCCUUCCAUCCUUGAUUUCUCCUCAGCAAAAAGGUUUUAUUAAAGGGAGAAACAUAAGAGAUGGUAUCUGCCUCACAUCUGAGGCUAUUAAUAUUCUUGGUAACAAGAGCUUUAGUGGCAAUGUUGCCCUGAAAAUAGAUAUUUCCAAGGCCUUUGACACUCUCAAUUGGUCCUUUCUUCUAAAAACUCUCUCCUGUUUUGGAUUUUGUGAUAAAUUCUGUAAUUGGAUUGAUACUAUUCUAAACUCUGCUAUGUUGUCUAUAGGUAUUAAUGGCAAGCAGGCUGGUUUCUUCAAGUGCUCCAAUGGUGUGAGACAAGGAGACCCUCUGUCUCCUCUCCUCUUUUGCUUAGCUGAGGAGGUUCUUAGUAGAGGAAUUGCUCUGCUGGUUAAUAACAAUCAUGUCAACCUCAUAAAAGCAUCUAGAAACUGCUCUGUCCCAUCUCACACUUUGUAUGCAGAUGACAUUAUGAUUUUUUGCAGGGGAGAUCAAAAAUCCAUUAAUGCUAUUGCCGCCUUGUUAACGGAAUAUGCUGCCAUUUCUGGUCAAGUGUGCAACAAGGAUAAAUCCUUAAUAUAUGCAGGGGGAAUGUCUGCUGAUAGGCACAGAUGCUUGGCGGACAUAUUGGGGUUUCAAAUGGCUAACCCCCCUUUUAUUUACCUUGGGGCUCCCAUAUUUGUUGGAAGACCUAAACCUGGUUAUUUUUCUUUUAUUGCAGAUAAGGUAAAAGUCAAGCUGGCUCACUGGAAAUCUUGUCUGCUGUCCAUGGCUGGAAGGCUUCAGCUCAUCACUUCUGUCAUUCAUAGUAUGUUUCUUCACUGCAUAACCAUCUAUAACUGGCCAGCUUCUCUCAUCAAGCAAAUCAGCUCUUGGAUGAGGAACUUCUUAUGGAGUGGUAACAUGGAGCAAAGAAAAGUUUUGACUGUAGCCUGGAAGGAUUGCUGCUCGAGUAAGAAGGUUGGUGGUUUAGGGAUUAAGGCUCUAUCGAAUUUCAACUCUGUCUCUAAUCUUCAGUUAUGUUGGAUUUUUGUAAAAGGAGAACAAGAAUGGACUCAUCUUCUUGCUUCCAGAAUUAAAAGGAAUCAUAAGCUCAUCUCAUAUCACAUCAAUUCCUCGAUAUGGACGAGUAUAAAAGCUUGCUAUUCCACUGUUAUAGACAAUACCAAAUGGAUUAUUGGAAAUGGGGCAAAGGUUAAUUUUUGGCUUGAUACUUGGUUAGAUGAACCUAUUGCAAACACUUUUAACAUCCCUCGGGUCUUUCAUAAGCACAUCAAAGUUUUGGUUAAGGACUGGCUGCUGGGACAGCGUUGGUGUAUCCCUGAGAAUGUGCUGCAAGCUUUUCCCAAUCUGUCUCAGAUGAUUUCUUCUGUUCAAAUUCCUGAGUCUGGAGUUGAAGACUGCAUUGUUUGGAAAGAUUCGCACAAUGGUGAGCUCAGCUUGCAGCAGGCCUAUAAUAGGUUCCAAAGACAUAGACCGGAGAUAACUUGGAAGAAUUUAAUCUGGAACAAGCAUGUGCCUCCUUCCCAUGCCAUGGUGGUUUGGAAGAUGAUAUAUAAUAAAAUGCCAACUGAUGAGAAUUUCUCUUUGAGAGGUUUCAGUGGACCUUCUUUUUGCUCUCUAUGCCAAUGUGAUGCGGAUUCUACUGCCCAUGUUUUCUUUGAGUGCACUUUCGUGAGACCUAUUUGGAACUGGCUUCUUGCAAAAUUGCAUUUCCCCUAUGCUGUUAACAAUAUCCAGGAUUGUAUUGAGAUGCUUUCGAUAUCGCGCUCUCCUCAGGCUAAAGCGGUGGUGCUGUCCAUGGUGUGCAGCCUGUUUUAUUUUGUGUGGAGGGCUAGAAACUCCAUGAGGUUUGAGGGUAGGAAAAUUCAUUGGAAAGCUUGUAUCUCCCAAAUCAUGGCUAGAGCUAAGCUAGUAGGGGACAAUAGGACAAAUGCAUCGGACAACAAUAUCACAAGCUUCUUAAUUUUGAAAGGGAUGCAGGUUAAUCUAAAUCCUAACAGACCCGCUUCCUUUAUGAACGUUCUUUGGUGUCCCCCUCCUUUGGGAUGGGUGAAAGUUAAUAUUGACGGUGUGGCUCGAGGUAAUCCGGUUACUAUGGCUUGUGGUGGUUUAUAUAGGGAUAGCAAUGCUGUUCAUUUAGGAAGCUUCUGUGAUUAUAUGGGAGAAGGAAACUCUGAAUUGGCUGAGUUUUGGGCAGCCAUAAUUGCUAUUGAGAAAGCUGUUAGUUUGGGUUGGAGGAAGAUUUGGAUUGAAACAGACUGUUUGCUAGUGGUGAAAGCUUUCUCCGACACGACCCUUGUUCCUUGGAAAAUCAGAUCUCGUUGGCACCAUUGUCACGAUUUGUUGCAAAGUUUAGAUUUCAUGAUAUCACAUAUUUAUCGGGAAGCCAAUUUUUGCGCUGAUUAUCUGGCGAAUAUAGGGCAUAGUAAUAGAUUUUUUUGUUGGUUUAAUUUUGUUCAUCCUUUGAUUGUUAAGGAUUACCUUUUAGACAUGGAUGGUACACCUAGACUUAGGCUAUAUCGCUAA